AUGAAAUUCCUUGAUUCUUUGGAAUUUGCGAGGUCGGCUGGUGCAUCGCUGAUAGACCUUGGUGUUGCGAAGGGCUGGAUUCAAACGGUCCUCAAUGCCCUCGAAAUCAAGGACGCAAACAUAGUUCACCUGAUUUACGAAGACACGGCAACGCUCGAUGCACCUGGCCUUGGUGUUAUCACUGGCUCCAAGGAUCUUAAACUAUUCUAUGGAUGGCUCUAUGCUUCAAUCGACAAGUUGGACUUUGCAGUGAAAUCCGCCGAAGUUACAGCGACCCAUCUCUCAUUCCAGGUGGUGUUCACAAGCACCCUCAAAGACAAAGACCCGGUCGUCAUUGAUGUUUCAUACACUGCAGAGAAGACACCAUUGGGGAGAGUCAAGUACGCCAAGCUAGGCGGAGAUUGGACGCCUCUGUGGAGGCAGUGUGAGGCAGUCUCGGGACCGUGCCCUGGUCUUCAGAAAGCUGCUACCACCGAUUGA